AUGUAUCAAGACAACGAAGAUGAUUGUAAAUUCGCUGCUUGCACGUAUUUUGCGAAGAACCAUCCUGGCGAAAUGUGUGGAAGCAAUGGUUUGCCGCUUACACCAAGUUCUAUAACAAUAUUAGGACGAGCCCAACGUCUAUUGACGAUAGAACACCCAAACUUGUGUACAUAUCUUGACGUAAUCAGAGGUAAACAUGAACGAAUAAUAGUAGUUGCAGAGGUGAUAGGAAAGUCGCUGAAAGAAUGCACAUCAAAGUUUUCAUUUCAAGAGAUUGUAAACAUUGCUAAGCAGGUAGCAAUAAGUAUGAAGUUCCUGCAUGAUCAGGAUAUUACACAUAGGACACUGUCUGAUGACAAUAUUCUUAUUGAUAAUGAAGGGAGAGUCAAAUUGUUUAAUUAUGGAUUGUAUUAUAUGACUGAUGGAGGCAGUGAAGUGUCUUUUCCUUUGGGCCUACCAAGAUACCUCAGUCCAGAAACAAUACUAAGUGGUGGUGGCCCUGCAGCUGAUGUUUGGAGCUAUGGUAUCAUACUUCUAGAACUUUCUAUUGGCAAACUAUGGAACAAUCUAAAACCUGGCCCUAUAUUGAGGAGAAUACUGACCCUUGUGCAUGCUAACAACCCAGCAGAGAGGAUAGCCAGGGAACAUGACUGCUUUGAGCAGUAUAAACAAGUACCAGAAAACUUGAGGAAUAUCAUAGAAAAAUGUCUCAAAAUAUAUCCCAGUGAAAGAGCUACAUUUUCAGAAUUAGUAGAAGAUUUAACAAAAAUUGAUUCAAAAGAACUGGUCGAAGUAAAAACUCCUCGCGGUUUAAUGGGCUGUAAACUGCAAUACCUUUACCACCUGUGGCAACUGGCCGGCGGCGAUAUUCAAGCGGAAUUAAAAAAGAAUUACCUUAUCAAAAAUAGCCCGCCAAUUUUGUCUAUGCCUAUAGCAAUACUCCUAGACGGCUGCACAAUAGGUGGUAAGACAGGUGCGUUAUUCGACAGAAGACUAGCCAAGUACAGCUUAGAUCUUCUAAAGUCCCGUCUCAGUCAUGUACCACCUCAAGACUUCUACCCACUGAUGCAUGAACGAAGAAAAGAAUAUGAUGCAGUUGCUUUACCCAAGAUCAUCAGAGAAAGAGAUACGGAGUACCAGUUCUAUAGACUUCUAUGGUUCCAUCGACUCUUACAUGGUUACCCAUACACAGCGCCAUACAUCAGAGCCGAAGCGGAGAUAGACAUACCGCCGCUAGUUAGAGGCGACGUGUGGGCAGCUUUACUAGGAGUGGUGGGAGACAUUGAGGAUCAGUAUGAGAGGAUUGAUAAGGAGACUCCUACUCCUACUGAUAGACAAAUAGACGUGGACAUACCCCGUUGUCACCAAUAUUGUUGGUUACUCUGCGGCUCAGCCGGCCACAGGACGUUGAAGAGGUUACUCAAAGCGUGGCUACUGACCAACCCGCAGUAUGUGUACUGGCAAGGACUGGACUCCCUCACUGCACCGUUCCUGUAUCUUAAUUUCUGUAAUGAAGCCCGCGCCUUCGCCUGUCUCUCAGCAUUCGUACCGAAGUUCCUACACAAGUUCUUCUUAAAGGACAACAGCGCUGUAAUCAAGGAGUACCUAGCAAAGUUCUGGCAGAUGACCGCCUUCCACGAGCCUGAGCUGGCCACACAUUUACACGAGAUCAACUUUGUACCGGAGCUGUUCGCUAUACCUUGGUUCCUAACUAUGUUUUCACACGUAUUUCCCCUGCACAAAAUAGUGCACCUAUGGGAUGCAUUGCUAGUGGAAGGUCCAGCUUUACCUUUAUUUAUGGGAGUGGGGAUACUGAGACAGCUGAGAGAUACGUUACUAUCGUCCGGCUUCAAUGAGUGCAUCCUAUUGUUCUCUGACCUACCAGAGAUUGACAUUGGAGAGUGCGUCAAGGAAUCAAUAGAGAUGUGUCGAAGUUCUCCGAGGAGUGUCAGCUAUAGGAGAUUCACUAAUGAAGCUGUAGUCAAAGAUCCUAUGGACAUAGUGGAAAUCCCUAUGGAAGUGUUAUUCACUGAAAUAAGUCCAAGGAUCAACUUAUCAGAUUUCUUCUCGCUGAUAUGCCAAGAUAAGUGCUGUGUCAUCGACAUUAGGUCUAAUUUACUUUACGAGAAAAGCUGCAUAGAUGGCAGCAUAAACGUGCCUUACAGUGGGGUCCAUUUGGGCCAGCAUGAGCUGAGGGCUCUAGGGCUCCAUCCUCAGAAAGUUAUUCAAGAAGCAAUUAAACAAAAGAAGAUGGUUGUCGUCGCGUCAGCUGAAGAUGAGACUGCUCAAUUGUUCAGCGACUACCUAGUCAAAUGCUGCGUACCAAGAGUGUGUAUACUUCACGGAGGAAUAUCAGCUUUAUUGACACACGUUCCUUCUCUCUUCACUGUACCACCCAAACGCAAUGGACAUAAGUGA